AUGCUUAUGUACGCGUGUCUUCCCAUGAAGAUGGACUGGAUUCUCAAUGCUACAGGACCUCAAACAGAGAGUACCUGGGAGACUGGUACGGCCUGCGGUUACUUUCUGAAUGCGACAAGCACCUCACCGGUUUUGAUGUCUGGUUAUAGAGUCAGUAAUGACAGCGAGGAUCCGGCAUAUGGGGAAGCUUUAUUGAUGCGUACUCUUCCGCUCGUCACAAAUCCAAGUAGGCAACCACUAUAUGGCGGCUCCAUCAACUUCAAAAGCCUCAAUCACCCAAUCUUAGACGCUCUUAUCGUGAGCUCACAAGACGGUUCAGCGGAAAGCGUGUACCGAAAAGAAACACCCAUUGCACAUGAAUGCGUACUUUCGUGGUGCAUCAAAACGAUUCGCUCAUCCUAUUCGUGGGGUGUUUAUCACGAGGACGUGGAGGAAACGAUCAUCAAUACCACCCGAACGCCAUACCCGUGGACUUCCAAAUAUAUUCCCCACCUCCGCACAACGGACACAGAUUAUCACGGAAACAUCAGCAUCUAUAAUUCGGACAAAAGCCAAGACAAACUUGAGUAUGGCCUCUCAAAUAGCACGGUCUUUUCCUUUGUGACCUUACUUGAUGAGAUAUUUCCAUCCUCAAUCACCGUCGCGAACGAGACAGCAAAUGCCCUUUUGAAGAUAAGGACCAGUUUCAAUGACAGAGUCAUGUUUCGAGCAGUGCGAUUCAGUCCAUGGCUCGCUCCCAACAACGUCACGCACCACAUGGAGAGGAUGGCAACAGCCUUGACCAAUGCUAUGAGGUCCGAUUCCAGCAGUAGAGAAUUUAUGGAGGGUGAUGCUUCUGCUCUAGAGACCUUUGUGAAGGUCAACUGGGCCUGGCUUGCUUUUCCACUGGCCAUGCUCGUUUUGUGUGUCGUGUUUCUGGUCGCCACGAUGCUCAGAACUUCGCGCGGCGAAAAUGGAGAAUUAGGAAUCUGGAAGACGUCCGCCAUGCCGACAUUGAUGUACAGUCUACCGCGAGACAUGCGUCACGACCUGACGAAGAAUGCGACAUGGCGGAGCGAGGAGAGCGGUGGAGCGAAGCGGGUGAGAAUACGACUGCUGCCUGACCAAGGUUGGCGGGUUUCUGGGUAUAUGUGCACAUCGCCGACGUCGGACAGAAGAAAUCGUUCUCAAGCGCCGCCUGGCUGGGUAUAG